UGUGAAUUGCUAGCUGUGUCUGGUCCUGAAAUAGUUCUGCAGAGUAAAUGAUGUGUAGGCGAGUGCUGGGGAAUGAGAGCUGAUGACUAAAGAGACUGCAGCCUUUCAGAAUCGCGACUGAUCCCCGGCAAAGACAACAGGCACUCGGUGUGAGAGAUGCUGCUGAUCACUGCUAAGGGCUAAUCUGGACCAUGUCUCAGGACAGGCCUUGGAGUGGAUUGAGCCAAACGUCCAGCAUGGUCACAAUCUCUUCGGUCAACACCUCGCUGGGGUCAAAGCCUGCGCGGAGAGUGAAGAAGGUUCACACUUUCGCAAAGAGAGAACAAGCAAUAAAACGUGAUCCCAACUCCGUGACAGUGAUCCGGGGAUGGCUCCACAAACAGGACAGCUCUGGGCUUAAGUUGUGGAAGAGAAGAUGGUUUGUUCUGUCGGAUUUCUGUUUGUAUUAUUACAGAGACAGUCGGGAAGAGAGAAUCCUGGGCAGUAUUCCGAUGCCAAGUUAUGCCAUCUCAGUUGUUGAUCCACAGGAUCGGAUAACCCGGAAAUUCACUUUCAAGGCAGAACACCCAGGAAUGAGAACAUAUUACUUCAGCGCUGACACCCAGGAGGAUAUGAAUGGCUGGAUUCGAGCUCUGAGCCAAUCAGCACGUGUGGAAUCUACUCAGAUCAACAUCACCUCAAAGCGUCUUCCUCAGGAACAACGAUAUUACAGCUUUGAAGAUUUUACAAACAGCAGCUUGCUCCGGGACCGGGAAAUCAGACACAGCUCUGAGUCCCUGGAAGUGGCUGUGUUCUCAGGCUCAAGGCAGCAGCUGGGAUCCCUGAGUGAGAGGAAGCUGCAGCAUAGCCCACCCCCCCAGAUACAUGCCGUCCCUCCUCCCACUCCCACCAGUGGGCUCCAGGACUCGGGCCUACCAGUCGAUGGGUUAUCCAGGCCUGGGGAUGACCACCUGGAUCCAGAGCUGAGGGCUCCUCUGUCUCACGUUGAGGAGUGGGUUCUCUCACAGAAAGAGAAACUCCCCGAGGCCCAGCAAGACCAGCCUUAUAUGAUGAAGACCCGGAGUGGCCCUGCGUAUGAACACCUCGCUGACGGUUACCCUGGUGACUCACAGCUCCUUGAGGACCCAUCCAUCACGGUCAGUCUCGGUUCAGGGGUCAGGCAGCAAAGCCCUAGGGGUCACUAUCUCAACGAGGAGCAGGGCAAGGGAUUGCAACCUGAAUCUGAUUCACCGCUCAGGUUCCAACAGAGCUCAGUCCUCCCAUCCAACAGCCCAGAUCUGAUCAGCAGCAGAUCCAUCAGAUCACUGCGUUCCAACUCCCUACCUGUGACAUCAGACACUCCGAGAUACCACGUUCUCAGAAGAUCCCACACUCCGGAUGAUCAAUAUGUCAUCCUCAUGGAGGGUCUACACAGCCACCGUUGUAAUGAAACUCCACCUGAGAGAGCUUCCCAGAGGCUAAUGGAUAAGGCCCCAGUGUCACAGAGUUCCCCAAUCUCUGGAAAACCCCCUGUCCCAUUCCCAAGGUCUUCACACAGGACCCAGUCUCCCUCAGAGAGAUCCCAAGAAGAUAUGGCCUUACCCCCGAGGAGCAGCAGGACAUUGAGCAGACCUCACACCCCCGUUGGAAGGAUCGAUAUCCUCCCGACCCCACAGACAGCUCCUGUCAUGAGAAGUAGCUACCUUCCGAUUCCAGGACAGUUCAUGGGGCCUCACAGUUUGCCAGUGAGCAUUAGCCUGCUCCCGACAGAGGAGCAGGCUGGAGAAUUUUCCAUCUCAGCACGGGCCCGAGCACAAACACUCAGCCAGCCAUACUCAAGGCCACAAACUCCUUCCGAUCAAUUUGAAAUCCUGCCCUCAGGGGAACAUUACAGUUUCUUCUUAAACAGAGCUCAGAGUCCAUUCAGGAGGCAGGAAAGGUCCUCAACACCGUUUGAAAGGAUGACAGUGAUACCUCGAGAGGAGCUGCAUUGUGAGGGUUCGAGUGUGACAUUACCCGGUCGAUAUUCCAGAAAUAACAGGCCUCACACUCCAGUCGAGAGAUUAACUGUCCUGCCUGGCAAAGAACAGCAUGAAAACCCUGUCAGCAAACGUAGCAUCCUGGGCACAUGGGAGCAUUUCACCUGCCAAAGUCGAUGCUUUCCACUCUCUCCAUUUCAUUCCUCUCGAACUGACAGAGCUCGCAGCCUCGCGAGAAAAUCGGGAAUUGGCUCCACUUUCACACGACUCCCCCCUCGUCCUCCAUCUACCCCAGGAACUAGCCCCAGUCCCCAGGGCCUGGUUGUCAAGAGAUUAUCCACCAGUUCAUCAGUCCACAGGGAAUACACUCUCGAACCUGUCAAAAUGACCGAAACGCCAGUCGAUCUCCUGUUGACAAGGCUGUGUGGGCAGGACCGGAUGCUCCAGGCGCUAGUCAAUGAAGCAACUCAGCUCCAAUCAGAGAAGGAGAAACUGGAAGGUGUUUGGGAGGAGACACGUUGCCAGAUGGUGGAUUUUGAGAGACACCCAGGCGUUGUGGAACAGUUAACGUUCCAACAGAAGCUUCUUCAGGAAGAUCUGAUCCAGAUCCGAGGCAGACUCUGUGAUCUCUCCGCGGAGAUGGAACAAUGUUGGAGUCAGUACAAGAUGCUGGAGACUGAGCUGCAGAGACUCCGAGCGAGCAGAGAGCUGGGCACUGCAAAUACCUGUCCACAGGAACAGGGUGAGGCACAGAGGGAUCUCUGGAUGAUCGAUGAUAUCUUUGCAGGACUCAGCAGCAACAGGAGGAGAUUCCAAGCUGCAAUUGAGUCAGAGCCACAGCCAGUGAUGUCACUGACAGCUACCCCUGCCUGGGACCAGCCUCCUGAGCUACACCGAAUGUCCCCACAAACUGCGUCUCCACUGUCCCCACACUCUGCUCCACCAUGUGGGCAGUGCCCUCCCCAUGGGCAGACUCCGGACCAUGUCCCUGAGAGGCCACCAUUGCCCCGAGAGGUAGAUUGUGCUCUGUUUAACAACUCUAAUCAGAGUGAGUCUACUGCAGCACCUCAUCCAUUGCAUAGAGAACAGAAACAAACACUGGGAGAGAGGAAAACUGACAUUCAACAUGAUCCAGCAACUAAUGGAUACCAUAAGGGACAACGUUCCUCGACACUUGGUCCAAACAGAAAAGGGAAGAUGAGUGCGGAGGAGCAGAUGGAGAGAAUGAAGAGACACCAGGAAGCACAUCUCCAGGAACGGCGUGGCUCUGCUGCUCCAUCCCAAAGGCGAUUGACUGUGUCCUCCCUAAUGAGAGAGGCCUCUCCAAGGGCAUCGAAACGCAACUCCGUGAACAUCCUGGCCAAUAGACCGGGGACUACCAACAUGGUGGCCUCUCGAUCCCAACCCAGAAACAUCAGGAAUAGUCUGAUCAAACCAACAACUGCGUCAGAGACACCUGAAACUCCAAAUGUGACUGCAUCAAGUAAAUUGAUGAUGACAUUAUCAUCGCCAAGAACAACAGCUGAACACCAAGCCCAAAAAAAUAAUCGCAUUGUCAAAAAAGAGUAUAAUCCCAGUAAGGUGAUCAUCACCUCCCGAUAUAUCGAUGCAGACCCUGGGACUCCCCUUAGCCCAGAGCAACUGCAGGAGAAGGAACGAACAUUACAGAAAAUCAAAACCAUGAUCACAAAGACCAGUCCUGCUGUAGGUGGGAACUGGGCCUCUGCAGAUCGAGCCCUGCAGCUGGGAGAGAGAGAGAGGGAGCGGAUUAUUACUCUCUCAUACAGUCUCGCCACUGAAGCCUCACAGCACAGCAAGGCCCUGGCAGCUAAAGCUUUAGCUGAGUUCGGGAAACAGGAGGAGGAGUCAGACAGUCCCCAGGGCACAGGACUCUCUGAGGAAACUGCGUCUCAGUCAGAACUGCAGCAAAAUGGACUCACUUUCAAUUUAGGACAUCACAAAGAGACAACCAAUCAACCCUCAGGAUAUUAUGAAGAAUCAGCCAAUACAAAUUCAGGCCAAAAUAGCCAAUGGGAAAGGAUCGAUCAGAGGCAGUGAUGUGGAGGUGCUGGUGUAGCACGGGCUGGACAAGGCCUGAAGUCACAUGACUCCAGGUGCUAAUCCAAUGGGUUUAUUUGAAAUCACAAGCUUUCGGAGCACU